UAUAGUGCUAUAUUAAUAAGACAUUAAAAUUUAUUCAGUGGAUUUCAACAUUCUAUCAGUCGUCAUCAGUCAUAGUAGGAUUUAUGUCUCUCUUUGUCAUAUUGACAUUAUUUGACAUUUACGGAAGGCUGAUGAGUUUUGUGUCAGUUUUAGGUUAUAAUUUUAUUUGUAUUGCAAAGCAAUAUAUUAAUUAUAUACUCACACAAUAUUUUUCACUAAAUUAUGUAAGAAUAUUAAGAGAAAUAGUAAUUUCUUAUUAUAAACCUAAUCCAAUAGUUUGUAGCUAUGGAGAGUAUGGAAUUUGAUGCCACUAUGGGUGGCGAAGUGCAUCUUCCAUGUUCAGUUAAUAGUUUAAAAUUUGCAACAUCUAGAAGUGUAGAAAUUGCUGCUAUGACCGAAAGUAUUAUUAACCCAAGCAAAACAAAGUUAAUUUUUCAAAGCUUACCAGUACAUAUGAGACGGCGAGUCAUGAGCCACAACUGUAAACGACUGCCCAGAAAACUACGUGAAGGCCAUUUAGAACAAUUAAAAAAAAGUGGUUUGCCUCCAAAACAAAAAAGACCUUCACGAAAGUACAGGAGACGUCCAGGAAAUCUAUUAGAAGAAUAUAAUAGACGACAAAUGCAAAAUAUUUGGUUAGAAACACAUAUAUGGCACGCUAAAAGAUUCCACAUGAUCAAAAGAUGGAGUUAUUGUAUAGCAUACGCCCCUUGUGAUAAAGCGUUUAGAGCUUGUUACCGAGCAAGUUCAGCUCAUUGUCUUUUACAAGACAUUUCCUAUUAUACAUCAAUUGAAGUGGAAGGUCCUACUGAUUUCAUAAAGGAAAUGUUUAGUUCUAUAACAAAUCCAACUUGUGGGCUUGGUAUAUGUGCUAAAGCAUAUAUAAAUGGAAUUAGAGAAGGAUCUAUUCAUCUUUACAAACCAAAUUCAUUCCCAUUUGGGUAUAUUGGUAAAAUACAUUUUAUUUGGGUUCCAAAUGAAGAUACAAAUAAGAAAUUGCAUUUAUUUGUCCACCCAUCACAGAUAAAGCAAGUUGAAACUGUUUUAAAAGAAAUUUUGAUUGUGGAAGAUGAGACUGAGGUAUACAAACACUGUGAAAAAAGAAGAAAACUUACUAAUACUUGCUUAGAGAACAUUAAAAUAAAGACACUUCUUGGUAGAUAUAAUAGAUUUCGCUUAACAGGGCCGAACAGUCAUGCAAUUCUAGCUCGCAGUCUAAAAUGUGUAGAAAAUAAAGAAAAACUGGAAUGUAGCAAAUGGUAUUCAGCUGUUGAUAUAAAUAAUUUACAUUUAAUUGAGAAAUUUAAGUACUGGCAAAAUAUAUGUAAGGUUAAUGCCCCUUCACAGUUACCUCCUGCUGUAAUUAUUGGCCUCACUGUAAAAGAUCCUCGAUUGAGUCGUCCGUCACAUCGGACAAAAGCAAAAAAUUACUCACAUGAGACUAUUGAUACACAAUUAUUGCUAAACGUCCCUAAAACAGCAGCAUAUUCUCCUUUAUGGGAGAACAAUAUACAAGAAAUUAUAACAAAACAAAAAAUGAACAAUGCUGACUAUAUUAAACAUGUUACAAACAAACAAUUGGUGCCUGGAGAAGUGUUUGAAGAUGACCCGGCAUUGCAAUCCAUUCCAGUUGUUUUAGUGCAAAGACCUGGAUCUCAAGUUUCAGAUUUCAAAAAAAUUGGAUAUGGAAGUGGUUGGGACAUUAUUAUACCCGCAGGGUAUGGUCUGCAGUUUUGGCAUACAUUUGUUAUGUUUGGUGCAAGGACAGGAGGUCUCAGAGAAACAGAGAGUUUAGCAUUUGAAAUGGGGGAAUGUUAUCUACCACCAGACUCUGACUCAGGAUGGGAAGAAGAAAAUAGAAUACACUUAGAAUUGAAAAAUAAAUAUUUUAACCGACCUCCAAGCAAAAGAGUUAAUUUCAUAAAGCUAGGUAUAAAUAGCCCAUUCUUAUGCCACUGGAAGUUACUUCUCAGCGAUUGGUGUAGUAUUGACAAUUGUAAGGUUGAUGAGUUUUAUGUGUUACGCGAUAAAGAACUUCUAAUGAAGUUUCAGGACUGCUUAAUUCAUAAGCAACAACUACCACACACACAGCAUGCUGAAAAAUGUCUUGUGGCAGUAUAUAUACGUAUCGCUAAUAAAGGAUUUUUAAAUAAAUAUGCUGUAAUAUGUUUACCAGAGAAUGGAGAUUAUACUAAUGAUAUGUUGGUAGAACCACAACAUGAUGAUAAAAAUGAAAAACUGCGCAAAGAUAAACGAUUAGAGCACAAAAGUAACUUAAAAAUUUUGAGAAAAAAAAGAAUAAAACUUAAAAGAAAAGCAACAUCCGUUAAUUUAAAAACACAAAAACGAACUAAACUGGAGCCAUCUGAAUAUGUGAAGUCAAUGAGAGAACUGUGGCUUCCUACUGAUGUAAAUAGUGUACGCUUUUCCUGCUCAAGGCAAGUUAUGGGUUAUUUGACACAAGCAGCAUUCAGUUUCUCAGAAGCACGGUCUUGUGGAGUAGGCUAUAUAGCCUAUAAUGCACUAAAUACAUUAUUGAAAACUGGACACAAUCAAAUACUAGUUAGAAACACAACAUCCAGGAAAUACAGAUUGGCAAACAUACAAGUAAUUAAAUAA